AUGACGAGUAUAACUCCUACCUCUCUCCUCUGUCCUCAGGACAUUUCUUCCAUUGACCGCGCCGCUGCAGACGCCCUCACCAGGCUAUCCAUCACCUCUACGCCGUCUCCAUCUCCUCACUUCCACAGCCUUCGCUCUUCAUCGUCGCAGGAGGCCCCAAAGACCACUACGUCUGUGCUGAUAGCAGACGCUGGGGCUAUGCCCGGGCCUUUGUGUGAAGGCCCGUUGGGGAUGCCAAUUCAGGUGAAGGGCGAGACGUUGUAUCAUGUGGAGCAAGUGAGGGAGACGGGCAUGACAGACCACUGGUACAAGGCUGCCGCUGCGACGCAGUUCUACCAAAACGCGAAGUUACAUUCCUUCCAUCCUCUACUGUCCACCCCGUUGAAGUUGAGGUGCACCAGGAAAGCUGAGAAGAAGGCUGUGCAGCGCCGUGGGGAGAAGACAUACGUCAUGUUCAGGGGUCUUGCUCCGGGGCCCGGUGUAUAUGAGACUUGUGACACGAACAGGGAUGAGGUGAAAGCUAUGUGCAUCGGAGUCAGCGGAUCCCUCUACCAGCAGGCCCUCAUAGUGUUGUUGCCGCCAUCUGCGCAGCUCAAGCAGAUCCCAUACGACUGUACUAACAUACAGCUUCUAUUUCAUGUUGGGAGGAAACUCCUCGAGUCUGGCAUCAGGGUUGCCAAGUCCUACCGUGCCACCAUUGUGCACGCUGUCGCGUUCGGUGCUGCAGUCCCCAGGUGGCCGUAG